AACAGCAGCAAAACUGAGCAGCUGCUACUGCUCACACACUUGACAGCUUUUCAUAACCACAACAAAACAAACCACUGUGUUGACACUUUGCUUCUGUUAUUAUUGGUACAUUUGAUGCGUGGUGUUGCUAUUGAUUAGUGGCUUUGCACUGUGUGAAAUCGCUUCUUUUUUUGAAUGGAUUAAUUAUGUGAUUUUGAGCUAACAAUGGUGGAUGUGAAUGUAAAAAUUGUCAUCGGAAUUGCGGUGCUCUGCAUGAGUCUGCAUUGUGUACAAUCGUCAGCCGGGGAUAGAAGCCAAUUUAUGGUCAACUGUAUGAAAGGAUGCUUGUACAAUAACUGCACUGAAGAUGCCAGCUUCAAGGAACACAUCAAACAAGAUUUCUUUAAUGAUAUUCUACUGUGGAAUUGCCACGACGAAUGCGUUUAUCAUUGCAUGUGGCGAACAACCAAUGCAUUUAUCAGUCGUGAAUGGCCGGUUCCGCAAUUUUUCGGUAAAUGGCCGUUCAAACGCGUUUUGGGCAUUCAGGAACCCGCUUCUGCAUUCUUUUCCUUCCUCAAUCUCAUGGCACAUUGGCGAAUGAUUCGCAAAUUUCGAGCCGAAGUACGAAGCGACAGCCCAAUGUAUUACAUUUGGCAUAUAUUUAGCGGAAUUUGCAUAAAUGGUUGGAUUUGCUCAAUUAUCUUCCACACACGAGACUUUCCACUCACCGAACUUCUCGACUACGGGUUCGCUUAUUCCAUGGUGUUAGCCAAUUUUUGCUGUAUGAUUCUAAGAAUGCUUCAUUGGACGACUGGCUGGAUAAAAGCCUUCAUAAGUUUAAUGUCAUCAAUGUUCUUUAUCAAUCAUUUCGCAUAUCUGUCGGUGGGACGCUUUGAUUAUCAGUACAACAUGAAAGCCAACAUACUUACGGGCAUAGCAACCGGUAUUGGAUGGGUCAUUUGGUACUUUUUGCAACGAAAAAAGAGACCAUAUUCAUGGAAGAUGUUGCUGUUUCAAUUUUUGGUCGCAAUUUCUCUAUUGCUUGAGGUCAACGAUUUUCCACCGUUGUUCUGGGUAUUGGACGCGCACGCUUUAUGGCAUUUAUCCACCGUAUUGCCUACGGUUCUCUUAUAUAGUUUUCUAAUUGAUGACACUCAAAGCCUUCGGCGUGAGAAGUUCGAAGCCGAAGCACUGGACGACAAAGAAAAGUUAAUUUGAAGAUCACCGUGUAACAACAAAUUGAUGCUAAAACAAGAAAAUCUAGUCAUAAAUCGCUUGGUAGAUAAUUUAAGUUUUGUAAUAAAAGAAAACCAAAAUCAGUUCAAAGUUGUGUGUCACUUGGAUUUGCGAUUAGAAAUAAUAAAUUUAUUUAUAAAUCAAAUAAAACAUUAUACAAUGA